AUGUCGUGCCCAGGUACUCCAGCUACUUCAAUGUCCUUAUCGCGUAGUCCAUCACCGGUGCCCGGUGGUGGAUGGUCCAGCCCUGGCUUGAAUAUCAACAGCGGCAGAUCAAGUCCAGCCAACGCUCCCACUUCUGGCCCCGUACACUGGGAAUCCGCAAAGAUGCGACAUCUCGGCCCCAAUGGCUACCCGUCGUUUGCGACACAUAAUCAAGGAUUUUUCACUCGUCAUAUGCGACGCAUAUCAAGCAGCCUUCCUCGAUUCAACUCCAGCAAUACAGAUUCACGACAUGGCGGCAGGGACAAACCGAACCGCGGACAGUGGCCAGGUCAGAAUAUUCCUUUAAUUGGCAGAAUACGUUCCAUCUUCGGCCGCAUGGGUCGAAAGCUGAAGAUCAGACUGCUCAUUGUCUUAAUCUUUUUGCUUUGCCUAUACAUAUUUUACCAUUCUCCCCUUGUACAUUUGUAUCGAAGGGCCAAUUGGGGUGGUGGAGGCUCAAAGUUCGUCAUCAUCCUCGCUGCCAAUGUGGGAGGUGGUGUAAUGGAGUGGAAGGGAGCUCGUGAAUGGGCAAUUGAGCGCGACAGUGUACGAAACAAGCGAAAAUACGCCACCAGAUGGGGUUACGACCUCGAAAUCGUCGACAUGAAGACUAGAAAGAAGUAUGCUCACGAAUGGCGAGAAAGCUGGGAAAAGGUUGAUUACGUUCGAAGCGCCAUGAGGAAAUACCCCAACGCUGAAUGGUUUUGGUGGCUCGAUCUGAACACGUAUGUAAUGGAGCCCUCGUACUCUCUGCAGGACCAUCUCUUCAACAACCUGCAAAGCAACGUGUACCGCGACAUCAACGAAUAUAAUCCGCUCAACAUCACUCAUCCGCUUACGUAUCCGUAUCUUGAUCAAUCCGCUUUGAGCGCAGUGGGAGACGGCAACGUCAACUCGGUGAAUAUGCUUCUCUCUCAGGAUUGCGCCGGGUUCAACUUGGGCUCCUUCUUCAUGCGCCGUAGUGCCUGGACUGAGCGCCUUUUGGACGUCUGGUGGGAUCCAGUGGCUUACGAGCAGAAACACAUGGCAUGGGAGCACAAAGAGCAGGAUGCUUUGGAGACACUCUACGAGAAUCACGCUUGGGUGCGGGAACACACCGGUUUCCUACCCCAGCGAAAGAUCAACAGUUUCCCUCCCGCCGCAUGUGGCGAUGGCAGCGGCAAGAACAACACUCGAUUCCACUACAAUCAGUAUGAGCGUGACUUUGUUGUCAACAUGGCUGGUUGUGAAUGGGGCCGAGACUGUUGGGGCGAAAUGUACCACUAUCGAGAGUUCAGUUAUUGGCUGAACAGAAAUCCCUGGGAGCGUUUCAAGGAAGAUUUGAUUGCUGUCAUCUGGUUCAAACUGACAGGCAAAUGGGUUAAGCUAUGA